UCGGCUUCUCCAAUCCAGCAGAUGACAGUACAGAACAACCGUUCGUUUGCGUCAACAUACUACACUACACUACACUACACAACAGCUUCUUUCGUCGCUUGCUGAAUCUACCAUAGCAACGAAAACGGCGACUUUCUUUUACAAUGGCAAAGGUUGAGGAGACACUUAAGAGGAUCCAGAGCCAGAAAGGAGUGCAAGGAAUCAUCAUAGUUAAUGCAGAAGGCAUCCCUAUCAAAAGCACCCUUGAUAACUCGAGCACUGUACAGUAUGCUGCACAUAUCCAGCAGCUGCUCAUGAAGGCACGGAGCAUGGUGAGAGAAGUUGAUCCUCAGAACGACCUCACUUUUCUCAGGGUUCGCUCGAAGAAGAAUGAGAUCAUGAUUGCCCCAGACAAGGACUAUUUCCUGAUUGUCAUUCAAAAUCCAACAGAGUAGUACUUAAUUCAUCAUAGUAGUGUUUCCAUAGUAAUUUCAUUUCUAAUUAAUUGCCAAAAAUGUUUUGCUUUUCAUAUGUUCCAGGAAAGUGAAGUUUAUAUUAUAACACAAAGUUACCAUAAAGGAAAAUUAGUGGAUUAGUUUGGUUCACUGUAUUAGUUCCCAUCUUUAAUAUGAUUCUCUUUAUACUGCUCUUGUUUAUCAUUCCAAUAAUAUUUGUUUCUUAAUUUAUUGUUCUUUCAAAAUGACCCUUAUGCCAGAAAUCUAGUUGUUCUUCAUCUGUAUGCUUCAAUCUGACACUAUGAAAUACCAUAAAUAUUUGUGAGUGUAAGAAUGGACAAUAAAAAGGUGAAGCAUUUAAUUGUA